UUCACUUCACCAAAACGCUGCGUUUUAACGAUUCAUCCUCUCACCAGCUUCUCUUCUCCAUCGCGAAUUGGGAUUUCAUCCGGCUAAGCCAUGGCGGAGGAUCGAGACGAUCUAGCAGACUCUCUUAACGAUCUCUUCACGAACGUAUCAUGUAUGGUGAAAUCGGAGCUUCAGGGAACGAACAAUCUACUCAAUUUGGUGGAGAAGAUGAAUCUGAGAGUUGCGGCGGAGUAUAAUGACUUCGGCGAUGUCGCAGCGGGACUUAGGGUUUUCGCCGAGCAGAUGAAAUCCAAAAGCGGUGGUCUCGACGAAUACGUUCGGCAGAUCGAGGCCAUCGAGAAACAGGUGACGGAUUUUGAGGCAGUGACCUCCAUUCUCGAUCGAUACGUCUCGUUGCUCGAAUCCAAAGUCAGGUCCUCGUAUCAACGCCACCUUCAUCACAAUCCGCAGCAGCAGCAGCGUCCAUCAUCUUCAUGAUAAGCAGACACUCAUCCUCUCUCAUCUUUGAUCACCAUUCGAAUGGUUUUUGGGGUUUAUUCAUGAAAAGUUUUCGCAUUUAUGUUUCUCUCCAGUGUAAUAUAACCAUCAUGGUUUGGCCAUUUACUGGGUUUUGUUUGCUACAAAGGCUGAGACUUUUGCUUCCA